AUGGGCUCUCCACCCCCACGAAAGCGACAACGGAAACUCAUAGUUCACUCUUCAGACGACGAGCUCGAAAGUCCAGUCUCCGUUAGAGGGAAACCGACGACACGGGCGCAGGGGACACCGAGCCAGAAACGCCCUUUAGCAAACUCAAGAGUGACACCGGCUGAAACGGCGGGCAGCAAAAAUUACAAUGGAACUCUACAGCUGUCGCUAUCGUCAAAUCUACCUACGCGAUUAUCCACGCAGGCUCGACCGCCUCCCCCAAAGCGAACGCUGAACAGCGUGCUUAGAUCGCCGAGCAAGGCGCCCUCCAUUCCUUCGGCGCGCACGACUCCCGCAUCAUCUCCUGACAAGAAACGAAAGACCAAGAAGCAUACCGGGGAGGAGCAAGCUGAACACACUAGUAAAUCACUACGGACUUUCUUUCAACCAGCUACCGAGGAGGAGAGAUGGAGCAGACUACGGCGGGAAAAGGAAAGGGAGAAAGAAAAGGAGAAGGAAAGGCAGAUGUUUCUGGAGCUUCAGAAUGAUAUGCUGGAAGACAUGAUUGAGGAUGACGAUUCAUUGGACGAGAUGUUAUCCCAGCCCCGGCAGAAGAUCAAUAAGGCUCCAUUGACAAGUUUCCGUGGGCAUCCAACGUUGGAUCGACGGAAAAAGAGCCCGCCAGCAACCAAGGGCGGCGCCUCCGUGGUUAAACCGGAAAAGAUACCUCGGCCGGCGAAGAGAUUCAUACUUCACGCCGAUAAUAACGAUCUCGGGCCCUCCUCGCAGUCUACUUUCGCCUCGUUUGGAUCGUUUGGGUCAUCUACAGCGCCAACACAGGCGACCGGUAAACCAUGGGCGGAGCAGUUUGCGCCAGCUAACCUGGACGAACUCGCAGUGCAUAAGAGGAAGGUCUCGGAUGUGCAGAAUUGGCUGAACGAGGUUUUCUCUGGCCGAAGUAGACGCCGCAUCCUCGUUUUGAAAGGACCUGCUGGCAGCGGCAAGACCACCACUGUCUCCCUGUUAUCUAGAGUCCUCGGAUAUGAUGUCGUUGAAUGGAGAAAUUCUGCUGGAACAGAAUACUCGGCUCAGGGAUAUACAUCGACCGGGACCCAAUUUGACGACUUCCUUGGGCGAAGCGAGAAAUAUAGCUGUUUGGAUCUAGACAAUGAGCCACCCUCUUCGGCGCCUAAUGGCGGCGCAGCCACACGGUCGGCUAGGAAUCGUGUGAUUCUUGUUGAAGAAUUCCCUUCAUCCCUGAGCCCAGGGUCCUCGGGCUUGGUCGCGUUUCGAUCAGCGCUUCAGCGUCAUGCCGCCUCGGCAUUGCCUUCAGUAGCUACUCGGAUGGCAUCUCGCCCCGAUGCUGAAUCGAGUACUCCAAUUAUUAUCAUUGUCUCCGAGACACUAUUGGGAGAUGGUGCCUCUUUAUCGGAUAAUUUCACAGUCCAUCGAUUACUGGGGCCAGAACUUUCCAACCAUCCUGGCGUUAGCAUUAUCGAAUUUAACCCAAUUGCUCCAACGUUUCUCACCAAGGCAUUGGAUCUCGUCUUAAAGAAGGAAGCGCAUAUAUCUCAACGAAAGCGUAUCCCAGGGCCUGGAGUGUUGAAGAGAUUCGCGGAGAUGGGAGACAUCCGCAGUGCAAUUUCAUCAUUGGAGUUUAUCUGCCUUCGGGGCGGCGACUUUGAAGGGUUCAGUGGCACGAUUAAUGGCCGCCCGAAACGAUCGGGAAAAGCAGCCGUUCCGCCUACAGCUAUGGAAAUCGAAACCCUUGAAAUGGUCACGCAAAGGGAAGCCAGUCUCGGCAUUUUCCAUGCCGUUGGUAAAAUUAUGUACAACAAACGGGACGAUGCGAACUCUUUAGCAUCUACUCGUGGAAGUUCAGGUGUUGGGAAACCCCUUUCGCAUCUUCGAGAGCACAAUCGUUUGGUAUCCCAGGUUUCUGUGGACGAAUUGAUAAACGAAACCGGAACCGAUAUCCAAACGUUUCUUUCUGCGCUACAUGAAAAUUUCCCCCCAUCCUGCCACGGUGAUUUGUUCACUGAGUGUUUUGACGACUGCUCAGAGCAGCUGUCAGCUGCGGAUAUUCUAGGUAUUGGAAAUCGCAGGAAUAUGCAAUCUGCUAGAGGACUGGGAGCCGCUCGCCUCGCUUUCCAAGGCGGGGGAACGGGUAUCGAUAUUCUACGUCAAGACGAGAUAAGUUUCCAGGUCGCCUCACGCGGCCUUCUCUUCUCCCUCCCCUACCCAAUCAACAGACGCGGACCCGACGCACACAAGAUGUUCUAUCCUUCCUCGCUACGGCUGUGGCGCCAAGCUGAAGAAGUGGAUGGACUAGUUUCCCUUUGGAUGCGACGGAUGACAGCUGCCGCUACCAGCUUAAAUGUCCCGGAUUCAGCGCCUCGACGAACGGAGGGGGUUGAGUCAUGGAGGAACCGCGCCGGGUUUUCUGAUUUGUCGUCGCAAAACGACCAAGACAGCGAUAUUGCACCACGGUGCAUGGUAUCUAGGGAUGAGAUGCUCUUGGAACGUCUCCAUUAUAUGAGAAUAAUAUCCAAGGACCCUUCCGUGCGGAAAAAUAUAGAGAAAGUAACCCGCUUCAGUGGUCUGAUAAGGCGAAGCCAAGAGCUUGAAGAUGAUGAUUUCCAACUCGGCGAUGAUGCAUCUUACGGCUCAAGUUUCAAUUCUCCUCGAAAGAAUAGGAUGCGACAACCGAUGCUAACGGCGUCCAACGCCUCAACCCUGCCUACUGUUGAAGAGGCAGUGGAUAAACUCGUCUUGAGUGACGAUGAUAUCGAGGAUGAUUAA